CAAAACGUUUCUAGACAAUCAAACUUUUGAAUUUGACAAAAGUCGAUGUAAAAAUGGAAAAAAAGUAUUCACUAAAAAGACUCAGAAAGAUUUUAUACCAAUAAAUACAACCACCCUUAAAUAAUUCCAUAUUUUUUAUAGAAAGUUGAAAUUAGUUGAAUUUUAAUUAUUACAGAAGACGAAUUGCUUUUAAUAGGCACUUUUUGAUCAGAAAUGGCGUCGGCUGUAUAUGUUGAAGAAGAAUUGGGCCAAAAAUGGGAUAAAUGCAUAUCUGAUGGGUUUCUAAAAUUUGGUGGAGGCAUGGUUCUAGGUACAGUAUUUUCUCUCUUAUUUUUUAAAAGGAAACGAUGGCCCAUAAUAAUGGGAGGUGGUUUCGGCAUCGGAAUGGCUUAUUCCAACUGCGAAAAAGACCUAAACUCAACAAUAAGAGGUUGUGAUCGAUGUUCAGAAAAGAAAAAUAUCACAUCUUAGAAAUGAAUUUAGAAUGUGGUGAUAGUGGGUUUAUUUAAUGAACAAAUUGUGUAGUUAUCUGUAAAUAUAAACAUUAAAUAUUGUUUAACGAUAUUUUUAUUUAAUUUAUAUUCUACAUUUUAAGAUGUUCAUUAAUAUUGAAUGUAAAAUAAAGCGGGUACGUCACUAUCA